AUGGAAGCCAUCGUUGCGCAACCCUCGUCGUACGAAUUCAAGCCCAUGGGGCGCAAGGAGCAGAAGCUGUUCCGUCAACAGAUUGCUCUGUACAUUGAGGGUAUCGCGCUCGGGCAUAAGUUUGAAGGCGCCCUUUUGCAGCAAGGGACAGAAGCUUCUGUGGAGGAUAGGGAGAAUGCUGGUGGUAGUUCCGGGCACGCUGAUGGGGGUUACGCUGGCGGUCGACUGUUACCACACCGCCCGCGGGAGAGGUUACGUUGCACAAGGAAGCCGAAGGAGGCGUCUGAGGGGAGCAAGGGGAAGGCAAAGGAGGUGUCCGAGGGGGAUGAGUGGAAGAAGGAGAAGAGGAAGUUGAAGGAGAAGCUGGAUGAGGAGAGGAGCGAGAAAGAGCAUAUGCGGGAGGAGUUGCGGAAGGAGGCGGAGCUUGCUAGAGGAAAAGGAGAAGGAGACCAAGUAUGUCGGGCACGCGAACCAGACCAGCUCAAGACGGCCGCGGAAGGUGCCGUUGCCGGGCUUGGGCCGCAGGUCGACAAGGCUGUGAAGGCCGCUGUGACGUCUGGUGUCUCGGAUGCAGCGAAAACCCUGCAUGACGUUCUCGUCGAAACCGUCAAGGGGGUGGUCAACAAGAAGCUGGAGGAGAUGAAAGCCUCCAUUGUCGCGCAGGUCGACAAACGUGUCCGCGAGGUUGUCGUUGAGUCAACCAAGGGUUUGAAGGCAGAGAUCGUCUCCAUGGUUCGGGAUACGACGAGACAGGCCUUUGGCGAAGCUGGAUUCGCAGCUCUUCCUAGCGUUUUUGGUGCAGCAACAGCUUUGGCACGCCAAGGUGGAGGAGGGGGUGCUAGUGGGAAGCAUCCUCGUGGGAUGAUGAGAGUGAUACGCGUGGUGGGUUGGCAGCAGAUACGGUCCAUGGCGAAGUCGCGCGGCAGAAACGCUCGAAGGCUGGCGGGAUGGACAAGGGUGUGGGGGACGUCCCAUCGAAACAAUCCUCUCGUGCGGAGGGUGGUGUUGCCCCUUUGCACAUAG